UUCUACUUGUGAAAUUAUGAGAUACAAUGCAAGUAUGAAUAUAAGAUGGUUCCCAUUUCUUUAAAGUUUGGUAUGCUUGUUAAUUUAUUUCUUAUUUGGGUGUGCACAGAUGGGAAGCCAAAUCUCUCUUCAUUUGGAAAGAAAGCUACAAUUGGUGAAUUCUAUUCUGUUAUAUUACCAUCUCUUCAGCAUCUCUACAAUGACUCAUUAGACUUGGAAACUACUGGAGGUGAAUUUCAUGGCUUGGGUAUGGCAGUCAUAAAGAAAUCAAAGGAUAAGUGGAAGAAGCUUUCAGAUGUAGAUUUGGAGAGAGAAGAUGAGUGUGGGAUCUGUUUGGAGCCAUGCACCAAAAUAGUUUUGCCAAACUGCAGUCAUGCCAUGUGAAUCAAUUGCUACCAUGACUGGUAUUCCGACAUCUUAUUUUCCUCCUUUGCUUGCCAUUAUAUUUUACUGUCAAUUUGUAAUGAUGGUGAGUAGCUGUGAUUCUUAAGUUACAGUCUUUCUUUGCUUUUGUAUUUCAAAGAAACACAAGGUCAGAAUCUUGCCCAUUUUGCCGAGGAGCUUUAAAGAGAGUGAAUUCGGGAUACUUAUGGGAGUUACCAUGGAAAUCCGGGGAGUUCUAGGGGAGGGGGAGUGAUAAGAGAUGAUCUCGGUAUUGUGUAUGGAGCCUUCUCAGUUCAUUUUGGUCAGGGUACUAAUACUGGGGCUGAGUUAAGGGCUAUUACAGAGGGGAUUGUUUUGUGUAAAAGGCUAAUUCUUUUUAGUGUGAUUAUUGAAAGUGACUCUAAGAUGGUAGUGGAUUGGCUUCGUGUGGGAAGGUGUACUUUGUGGUACUUAUGAGACUAUUGGGAUGAUUUACUUACUACUCUUGAAGGGAUU